CGCGCCGCCAGACGGUGAGUGGGUAAAUUACAGGCUGUUACCGCUCCUCAAAAAUUAGCUAAUCUUUCCGACCUAUCAGCGUUGUUGACCGACUGGCCCCGGACCAGCACUCAUCACAUGCAUCGGGUCUGAUUGGCCAAGCGGGUUCCCGCGAACAGCUGAUACGGGCAAGUGACGCCAGACCCCCAUGAAUGGUCGGCUCCCAUCAUUCAUCUAUUCAAUCCAUGCUGCUCUGCUUCUGCAUCACACAGGCUGCUGGCUCGACCGCUUAAGCCUCUCGCUCAUUUUCUCCCUUGCCCACGAGCCAUGCCAUAGUCUCUCUCUCGUCCGGUCAUGGUUCGCUAGCCCCUGUCGGUCUUGCUUUGAUGGCCCUCAUCCGUCCGAUCUGUACCGCUACUUGACGUUGCUUAUCAACUUUCUGCUGGCACACCGUGGGUGUCACUUUACCCUGCUUUUGCUUUUUUGUUUGCCCGGGAGGAGCUGUUGCUAUUCCUGAUUAAGAGUCCCAAAGCUAACAUGUUUGAUCAUCUGCCUUCAGCCAUGUACCGAUUCGUCGAGCUUCUACCGUGACUUCAACCUACUGACUCCCUUGACCGUGAAGCUGGAUCAC